AUGGACCCUGGUCGAUCGAUGCUGAUGAUCCCAGGCCAAAGCAGUGUGACCAUCGGCAGCCAGAGCGAUGCCAGCAAUCUGACCAGUUGUGAUACCUUUGGGGGAAGCGUCACCAUUGCAUCCUCGGCCAGUGGAACCAUUACCUUGAACAAUGUGGAAGAGAUCCAGGGCUCGUUCACGGUGGAGAGCGGCUCAGGGAUCACCGGCCUGGUGGCCCCGGAUCUGGAGACACUGAAGGGGGGCAUGAUACUGGACGGCUUGGAUGCAUUGACGAAUGUCGAGAUGAGCUCGUUGUCGCAGGCCUCGUCUCUCACCAUCACCGGGAACCCGAAGCUGAAGCACAUCAUGUUUGACCAGCUAGAAGAGGUGAACGGGGAGCUGAAGCUCACGGGAUCGUUUGCAAGUGUAUCCUUGCCCUCUCUCGACCAGGUGAAUGGCCAAACCACGAUCCAAGGUGGCAGUUCCAUGUCCUGCAGCGCAUUGGACAGCCUCCAGUCGGAGGGGGUGUAUCGGGGCGCGUAUUCAUGCUCUUCGGACGGCUCAGGCGAUUCUCUGAGUGCCGGAGCCAAGGCAGGCAUCGCGAUCGCGGUCAUCGUGGUGGUCGUACUCAUUCUUGUCGUGGUGUGGUUCGUAAUCCGACGACGACGACAGCAAAGAAACAACCGAACUCAGUCGAUCUCUCUCGAAACACCGGUUGCCAACGAGAAAGACGAGAAGCCGCCACAAGUGCAGCAGCUAGCCGUCCCUGAUCGUGAACUCAAGCCGCCUAUGCCCCGAAAGCCGGUGGGAGUGCAGGCGGCCCAGCUUGAUGGGCGCUCCAUCUAUGAAGCAUCGAGCCCCAUGACGCCUUCCACAGUUUAUCACGAGUUGGAUGCAGGACCAGUUCUCAGCUCCCAUCAACGGCCCAUUCACUCUGAAGCGUGA